GGCCUUUGUGACUCAUUGUGUCUGUGUCGAGGCGUCAGGAGGGCCUGGAGCUGAGCGCGGCGCCCUUCGGCCGGCCUGAGCCCCAGAGUCAACUCCCUUUUCUCGCCCAGCGCCCCCAGCCGCUCCCGGGGCUCACGGAAUAGUACAGAAACGGAUACCAGACAUCUCACAGGACAGAAAGGAGCGCACACGAGCACAAACCCUGUUGGGAUCGAGUCAGGUCCCUGAGCCUGAAUGAUGACUGCUGAGUCGAGGGAAGCCACAGGUCUGUCCCCCCAGGCUGCCCAGGAGAAGGACGGUAUCGUGAUAGUGAAGGUGGAAGAGGAGGAUGAGGAGGAGCACAUGUGGGGGCAGGACGCCAGCCUCCAGGAGUCUCCCCCGCCCGACCCGGAGAUCUUCCGCCAGCGCUUCAGGCACUUCUGUUACCAGAACACGUUCGGGCCUCGAGAGGCCCUGAGUCGACUGAAGGAGCUCUGCCACCAGUGGCUGCGGCCCGAGAUCCACACCAAGGAGCAGAUCCUGGAGCUGCUGGUGCUCGAGCAGUUCCUCUCCAUCCUGCCCCGGGAGCUCCAGGCCUGGCUGCAGGAGUACCGGCCCGACAGCGGGGAGGAGGCUGUGACCCUGCUGGAGGAUCUGGAGCUGGAUUUGUCAGGACAGCAGGUCCCAGGUCAAGUUCAUGGGCCUGAGAUGCUCGCAAGGGGGAUGGUGCCUCUGGAUCCAGUGCAGGAGUCCUCGAGCUUUGACCUUCCUCAUGAGCCCACCCAGUCCCAUUUCAAACAUUCAUCUCGGAAACCCCGUCUGUUACAACCUCGAGCUCUCCCUGCCACCCACGUUCCUGCCCCUCAUCCUGAGGGGGCUCCCAGAGACCAGGCGAUGGCAUCUGCAUUGUUCUCGGCAGAUUCCCAGGCAAUGGUGAAGAUCGAGGACAUGGCCGUGUCCCUCAUCCUGGAGGAAUGGGGAUGUCAGAACCUGGCUCGGAGGAAUCUCAAUAGGGACGCCAGGCAGGAGAAUUAUGGGAACGUGAUUUCCCAGGGUUGUGAAAACAGGGAUGAGACUGAGGAGUCCACCUCAAAGGCUGAAAGUGCAGAAGACUCAGCAUCACGUGGGGAGACCGCAGGAAAAUUCCAGAAAGAUGUCGGAGAAAAGCGUGAACAGCAGGGCAGAGUGGUAGAAAGGCAGCAGAGAAACCCUGAGGAGAAAGCUGGAAAAGAAAAGAGAGACUCGGGGCCAGCUACAGUCAAGGAGAAAAAACCCAGCGCAGGAGAGCGAGGCCCGAGGGAGAAGGGGAAGGGUCUGGGAAGAAGCUUCAGUCUGAGCUCCAACUUCACCACCACCGAGGAAGUUCCCACGGGAACCAAGUCUCACAGAUGUGAUGAAUGUGGAAAAUGCUUCACACGGAGUUCAAGCCUUAUUCGCCAUAAAAUAAUCCACACUGGAGAGAAGCCCUAUGAAUGUAGUGAGUGUGGGAAAGCCUUCAGUCUUAACUCAAACCUCGUCCUGCAUCAGCGCAUCCACACAGGAGAGAAGCCUCAUGAAUGUAACGAGUGUGGCAAAGCCUUCAGUCACAGUUCAAAUCUCAUUCUGCAUCAGCGAAUCCACUCUGGGGAGAAACCCUAUGAAUGUAACGAGUGUGGGAAGGCCUUCAGCCAGAGCUCAGACCUCACUAAGCAUCAGAGAAUCCACACGGGGGAAAAACCCUACGAAUGUAGUGAGUGCGGAAAAGCUUUCAACCGAAACUCAUACCUUAUUUUGCACCGGAGAAUUCACACCCGAGAAAAGCCCUAUAAGUGCACGAAGUGUGGCAAAGCCUUCACCCGGAGCUCGACCCUCACUCUGCAUCACAGAAUCCACACCAGAGAGCGAGCCUCAGAGUACAGCCCGGCCUCCCUCGACGCGUUUGGAGCAUUCCUGAAAAGCUGUGUGGCCCAGUUUGAGAUUUUCCGUCAAGAACUAAAACUCAUCCGUCACUUGUUCGUCAACCAGCAGCCCAAGCUUGGCAGGGACCACCGGCGCACCCGAGACACCGAGAUGCAGAAAAGACCUCCCGAAUUCCUAGAGGGGCUGCUGCGGCCCCUCGCAGCUCUCCGCGGGCGGAGCUAUGACGUACUUCCGGCUGCGCCGGCCGCGCGUGUAGCCCUCAAGAACCAGAAACCCACAGGAACCAACAUUCCUGCCCCACGGAAUCCUGUCUGUAGUGACAGCUGUUUCUGGAGCGCCUCCGAGAUGAAGGUGCUGGGCAUGGCCACAGUUCUGGGCCCUAGGCCUCCACAGGAGCAGGGGCCUGUGAUUGUGAAGAUUGAGGAGGAGGAAGAGAAAGGGAAGCGCCUUCCCAUGGAGAUAUUCCGCCAGCGCUUCAGGCAGUUUGGGUACCACGACACCCCUGGCCCCCGGGAGGCACUCAGCCAGCUCCGGGUGCUCUGCUGCGAGUGGCUGCGGCCCGAGAUCCACACCAAGGAGCAGAUCCUGGAGCUGCUGGUGCUCGAGCAGUUCCUGACCAUCCUGCCCCAGGAGCUCCAGGCCUGGGUGCAGGAGCACUGCCCUGAGAGUGCCGAAGAGGCCGUCACUCUCCUGGAGGAUCUGGAGCGGGAGCUGGAUGAGCCGGCACCACAGGCUUCCCCACCUCCCCGUGAGCAGAAACGGUCGUGGGAGAAGAUGUCACCCUCAGGAACGGCAGAGGAGUCCCUGAGCAGCCCGCAGCUAGAGUCUGUGGAGACCAGUCACAGAUAUGAGUCUUGGGGGCCCCUCUACAUCCAAGAGACUGGUGAAGAGGAGAAGUUCACUCCAGCGCUGAGGAAGGUUCGAGAUCGUAAGUCGAAGACCCAGAAUGAGGAAUCAACAGAUAAGGAGGGAAGUUCUGAAGAAUCUCAUGCAGAAGGAUUCAGAAGGGAUACACUUCCCAUGAUUAUCGCCGAUAAAUGUGAGGCCAGGUUAGAAAGGCAGUGGGUAAAUCCAGAAAAGGAGAGAGGAACAAAAACCCCUCUCCAAGACAAAGGUUCUGCUAAAGGUAGAGAAGUAGUGACUAAACCUGCCCCAGGAGAGAGACGUUACAUAUGUGCUGAGUGUGGGAAGGCCUUUAGUAAUAGCUCCAACCUCACUAAACACCGGAGAACACACACUGGGGAGAAACCAUAUGUGUGCACCAAAUGUGGGAAGGCUUUCAGCCACAGCUCCAACCUGACCCUUCACUACAGAACACACCUGGUGGACCGGCCCUAUGACUGUAAGUGUGGGAAAGCCUUCGGUCAGAGCUCAGACCUCCUUAAGCACCAGCGAAUGCACACUGAAGAGGCCCCUUACCAGUGUAAAGAUUGUGGCAAAGCCUUCAGUGGCAAAGGCAGCCUCAUUCGCCACUACCGAAUACACACCGGGGAGAAGCCGUAUCAGUGUAAUGAGUGUGGGAAGAGCUUUAGUCAGCACGCGGGUCUUAGUUCUCACCAGAGACUCCAUACUGGAGAGAAGCCGUAUAAGUGCAAGGAGUGUGGGAAAGCCUUCAACCACAGCUCCAAUUUUAAUAAGCACCAUAGAAUCCAUACUGGGGAAAAGCCCUAUUGGUGUAGUGAUUGUGGGAAAACCUUCUGUAGUAAGUCCAAUCUUUCCAAACAUCAGAAAGUCCACACUGCAGAGGGAGAAGGGUCUUAACUGUCGGGUACGAUCUCUUGGUGGUUUUUGUUUUUCUAACUUUAGAACGUGAAUGCUAGAGACAGCCCAAUAAUUGCAGAGUUAACUAUGGAGUAGAUUUUGUUUGUUUGACUCAAUGUUAAGGGGAUGGAGUGAGAGCUCAGGCAGGGACAGGGUGGGUUCCUCACCUGCCCACCAAGUCACCGGGGCGGGGUCCCCUCACUACACUUCACGUCCCGUACACCAUGCCGGCAUUGCCUUCUGUAUAGUCACACUGCUUUGUGUCCAGUAUAAUUAAAGAAGAAGCAUUAGAACUGUUUAGCUGUUUUAGAAUAUACUCAAGAUUAUGACUUGUAAAGAAAUGAGCCAUGUUGAACACAGUUUAAUCUGAUUCAGAAUAAACUUAAAAGUUCUUGUAA